AUGGGUCCAGGAAGAGCAGCGCCUCCACAGCCAGCAGGAGGAGGAGGACUUCCUCUGGUCUCCCCCUUCCCUCCAGGAACCAAGGCCACAACUCCAGACUCAUUUGAGCCUUUAAAGAAGGAGCUGAUGAUCAGAGAGCCACCAAAUAAAGCUGGUUUUAAAGGAGCGCCUUUAACCAUUGGCUUGAACCAUAUCCCCAUCCGAUGCAGACAUGAAGCAGUCUAUCAGUACCAUGUUACAUUCACUCCUGCAGUCGAGUCCACGUUGAUGCGGUUCUCCAUGAUGAGAGAGCAUCUCCCCACUACGGGGGACGUGGUGGCGUUUGAUGGCUGCAUGCUGUACCUGCCUGUGAAACUGGAAGACGUGGUCGUUCUCCAAAGUGUGAGACUGACUGAUAACGAGAAAAUCCAGAUCACAAUCCAGAUGACGAAGAUUUUGGCGCCAAACUCGGAUCUUGUCAUCCCUUUCUACAAUGUGGUGUUGAGGAGGAUAAUGAAAAUGCUGAGACUCAAGCUGGUGGGACGGAAUCACUACAAUCCGGAAAAUGCAGUCAUUCUAAAACAACAUCGGCUUCAAGUGUGGCCAGGUUAUGAAACCUGUAUAAAGAGCACAGAUGGAGGGCUCUACCUGUCUGUGACUGUUUCUCACAAGUUCUUGCGAAACGACUCGGUGCUGGAUGUGAUGAACACGUUCAACAGGGAGAACUUCAGAGACGAAUGCACCAAAGAGCUGGUCGGCUCCAUCGUCAUCACCCUCUACAACAACCGCACCUACCGCGUCGACAACAUCGAGUGGGAAAAGUCGCCCAGGGACUCGUUUACUCUGAUGGACGGCAGCACGACCACAUUUGCCGACUACUACAGUAAGAACUACGGGAUUACAAUCAAAGAGCUGGACCAACCUUUACUGCUGCAUAGGCCGAAGGAGAGAUCCAAGCCUGGAGGGAAGCAACUCAUCACGGGGGAGAUCCUCUUAGUGCCUGAGCUUUGCUUCAUGACAGGCAUUCCUGACAAAAUGAAGAAAGACUUCAGAGUCAUGAGGGAUUUGGCCACACACAUGAGGAUGACCAGCGAGCAGCACCUCCACUCAGUAAGCCAGCUCCUGCAGAACAUCAGAAGCAGCUCGGAGAGCGUGCUGGAGCUGAGCCGAUGGGGACUGGAGAUCGGCUCAGGAUCUGUGACAGUUCAGAGCAGAAUUCUGCCUGGUGAAUCCAUCUGUCUGCAGUCUUCAUCUUUUGCGACUGGCAGCUAUGCGUCUUGGGCCAGGGAGGUUGUGAGUAACCCUUCGAUCAGCUCUAUCCCCCUCAACGUCUGGGUCCUCAUCUUUCCUCACCGCUGCGGACAGCAGGCCGAGGAGCUGGUUUCCACCUUUCACAGCGUGAGCAGGCCCAUGGGAGUCCACCUGGAGCAACCCAUUCGCGUGGCGUUGCAGAACAACCAGACCGACACUUACAUCAAGGCCAUCCAAAGCUGGCUCACCAGUGAGCCCAAACUGCAGCUCGUGGUCUGCAUCGUGGUUGGAAACAGAGAGGACCUCUACAGCGCCAUCAAGAAGCUGUGCUGUGUGAAACAUCCUGUCCCAUCCCAGGUGAUCUGUAUAAAUACAAUUUCUCAGAACCUGAGGUUGAGAAGCAUUGCUCAGAGGCUGCUCCUGCAGAUAAAUGCCAAACUGGGAGGAGAACUCUGGACUGUCAGUGUUCCUCUGAACGACUUGAUGGUUGUUGGAGUCGAUGUCCAUCACAACCCCAGCAAGACCCGCCGGUCCGUCAUGGGGCUGGUAGCCAGUGUGAACAGAGUGCUGACCCGCUGGUACUCCACAGUAUCUUUCCAGAGGUCCAACGAGGAACUGAUCAGUGGCUUCAGGGUUUGUUUUCUCUCUGCCCUGCAGACGUACUACAAGGUGAACCACAGCUUGCCGGACAAGAUCGUGGUGUAUCGGGACGGCGUGUCGGAGACGCAGCUGAAGGUCGUGGAGCAGCACGAGAUCCCGCAGCUCAUCACCUGCUUCAAAAGCUUUACCAACUAUGAGCCCAAGCUCACCUUCGUGGUGGUGCAGAAGCACUGCAGCACCGUGAUGUACUCCACUGCCAGAGGCGGCGGCGGCGGCGGCACGCCUCCACCGGGAACCGUGCUGGAUCACACCGUCACCAGUAAACACUGGCUGGACUUCUUCCUGAUCUCCCAUCACAUUCCUCGAGGCCGUGCGGUUCCCACACGCUACGUCGCCUUGUGCAACACGACAAACCUCACGCCGGACCAUCUGCAGAGGUUGACGUUCAAGCUGUGUCACCUGUACUGGAACUGGAUGGGAACCAUUUCUGUCCCGGCACCCUGCAAGUACGCCCACAAGCUGGCCUACCUGGCGGCCCGGUACCUGCAUGCAGAGCCAGGAAUCCAGCUGUCACAGCAGCUCUUCUUCCUCUGA